UUUUUAGGCCAGGGUAGAAGGAGAAUGUAAUGAGUAAGGACGUGGCCUGGAUUUUUUGCUCCUGGAUAUUGAAAAUGUGGACUUUUGGACCAUUUGGAAACAUUUAGACUCUGGAAGAACGCUGAGGCAGAAAGCCUGAUUGUUUUGUUUUUUUCUAGGAAUAAACAUAUGUUGUUUGUCUGCUGAAAACUUUUGAAAAGUAGAAAUGGGUGCUAAUUUUACCCUCUGCUGCUGUCACUACUAUCUGAUGCAGAAUAGAGAGGAGAAGAAGGCUAUUCUGCGCAUGAGGACCAAUUCAAGGUCCAAACCACCAAGGCGAAUAUCCAGUGAAUCCAGUGACACAGAGACAGAGGAGGAAAGCCUCUUUGGACCACUGUGUUUGGAAAAAAACCCGAGGAACAACCACCAGAACCAGAACUUAACUGUGGAUCAAUGGCCUGAUUCUAACAGACCCCAGAGAUCUCUCAUCAGAUGUGGAUCGGACAGAGAGCUGCAGGCUUUCAUUAACAUGAGAGACAAAGCUGAUAAGGCUACAGAGGAAUGGGAGAAGCUGAAUUAUGACAUCCACACACUGCGUUAUGCCAGACGAGAGGUCAGAUCUCGAUGGAAAAAGAUCCUGCUACAGCUGGGUUAUCAGUGUGAGGUGGAUUCCCUCCUGUGUGUUCACAGACAGAGCCACUUCAGUCCAAUUCAAGAACAUCUUGGCAAAGCUGCCGACCUUUUCAAACAGCUACUGGACCACACCUCUCUGUUCCCUAAUGGAACAGAACAUCAUAAUAGAUACCUUUAUGUCAUGGAGCGUUUGGUGUCACUGGACAGUGCAGAGGACUUCAUUAAACUGGCCAAAGAGAAAUAUCCCAAAAAGGAAGGCUGAGAGACAAAAUAGGCACCAACAAGGAAAAAAGUUAAAAUAGCAUAUCAAAAAUGUCUGCAUACAGUGCUGCGCAAAAACUUUUAAAGCUCUUAAAUUGCAUGAUGUGUUGCUUCUGAUCAGUCAUUCCGAGUAAUUGCCGACCUUGGCUGACUUCUUUUUACCAAUUCUUUUCUGUCAGAAUUAAAACUCUAAAGUUAAUCUAAUGCUAUGAUGGAAAUUAGUAAAAAUGCAGCCAAAGUCCAAAGAAAAACAACGGAGGAGGUACCCUGCCUUGCACAAUCAUUUAUACAUGUUGAACCUCUUCAUAUUACAAUCACAAACUUGAUGGAGAUUUCUGCGCUCUGCAGCACCCCUGAAUCACAACUUUUUAUUGGAUUUUAUUUAGGGGUGUCCGUAAUCUAAAUAUAUAACCUUCCAGAUUAAAGUUAACUGCAAGUUCAAAAGUUCUAACAGUAUUUUUUGCUACUUUGACAAAACCAGUCAAAUUAGCUUUGUAAUGCAAAUUAUGAUUUAUGGCAUUUUAGAUUUUGUCUUUUUUAUUUCAAAACUCAAUACUCGCUGAGUAAAUGUAGGUGCUUUUAACUCAAUGCAUCUGUUUAAAAGUGAAAAAAUAUAAACAUUAAAAACGUUUUUUGCUCAUAAGGUUUUUAAUGGUUAUUUAUUUCAGUUAUCUAGACAUUUAAUUUUUAUUUUUUUGAGAUGUAUCCCAUACUUAAGUGUGGGAUGUUAAAUUGUAGUUUUCACAGAAUUACCUUCCUCAACGUUGAAAUUGCUUUUUGUCAGCAGGUGGCAGCAUAUGUUUACUUUUCACCAUUUGACUAUUUAUCCAGAAAUUAAACUAAAAAGGAAACAAAUAAAGUUUUAGCGCAAAACUUGCCAUACUUGAAGCUCAUUUUCAACUUCUAAACUAUAAAUAAAUAGAAGGUCAAAUAUAUGUGCAGCCUUUCAUUAAUCUAGGCCAGCCUUGGGAAAUUGAAAUGUCCUUUCUGAAAGAUUGAUGCAGGACGGAUGCAAAACGUCUCAUUGUAGCUUGAAACCAAGCCCUUUUCUUGGAUAACUGCUGGCAGUAAGAGUUAAAAUACAUCAAAAUGCACAAUCACCAGCCUCAAAUAAUCUGAGCCAGUGAUCAUACAAUCCAUGUUUGCCAUGUGUGGUGCACAAAUUCAUCCUCGCUCGCACACAUGUGCACCUAGAAAGAGAAAGUUAAGUCUGACCCUGAUAUUGUUCUCUCCAAGGUCCCUUCCCAGGUUUGGGAAACAGAUGUGGAACUAAGUGAGGGAAAAUGCUGGAGCUGGGGGGAAGGGAGCAGAAUGGGAUUGAGGCACUGAAAGACAUGAACUGGAUACACCUUUUUCUCAUUAAACCUACAAGUGUGUGUGUGCAUCUCUAUGUGUAAUGCUUACAUCAUCCCUCAGACCUUAAUCUCAUUCUCUAACAUAGUUGGUCGCUACAUCUAAAAGUACAAGUUAAAACUACUAUGCAAAGCAAAAGCUAUAUUUGAACAAAACCCAGAAAAGCUGCCGACUUCUCUGAGCCUGAGCUCAUUUGAGAUGGACUGACACAAAGUGGAAAAGUGAGCUGUGGACUGAUGGACAAGUCCACAUUUCAAAUAGUUUUUGUGAAAUCAUGGACAGCAGUCUACCGAGCCAAAGAGGAAAAUGACUAUCCAGACUGUUAUCAGCGCAAAGUUCAAAGGGCAGCAUCUGUGAAGGUAUGAGGGUGUGUUAGUGUCCAUGGCAUGGGUGAUUUCACAUCUGUGAAGACACCAUUAAUCCUGAAAUGUACAUACUGGUUUUAGGGCAACAUAUGCCAGACCUGUCUUCCAUUGUAAAUGUGUGGUGCAUUGUGAAGUGCAAAAUACAACAGAGACCCCAGACUGUUCAAAGCUUCAAUAAUUAGUUCCUCAGUUCCCAAACGCUUACUGAGUGUUGUUAAGAGGAAAGGUGACCUGCCCCUGUUCCAGCUUUAAUGGAGCAUGUUGCAAGAAUCUAAUGAAAAAUGAGUGAAUAUUUGCAAUUAAACAAUAAAGUUUAUUAGUUUGAACAUUAAA